GUGUCAUUUGCCAAAAAUGGACUCUGUUACUGUCGUAGCCAUUCCAGAUGAAGAGGGAGUUGCUCCCAAAAAGACCAAUAAUAAAUCCCAAAAUCCUCUGUUUCAUACCACUAUUUCCUUCAUUAGAGAGAACGAAAGAAAGCUGGUUCAUAGCAUCAAAGUUGGGAUUGCACUUGUUUUGGUCUCUCUCUUGUAUCUCCUUGAUCCUCUCUAUGAACAAGUAGGCGAAAAUGCUAUGUGGGCUAUAAUGACUGUUGUUGUCGUCUUCGAGUUCUAUGCAGGUGCUACACUUGGCAAGGGCUUGAAUCGCGGAGUUGGUACCGUAUUAGGAGGUGGAUUGGGAUGUCUAGCAGCAAGUUUUGCUCAACGAGCUGGCGGGAUUGGCAAUGCCAUUGUUAUUGGCAUUUUUGUGUUCAUAUUUGGUGCAGCAGCAACGUAUUCUCGAUUGGUUCCGAUGGUUAAAAGAAGAUACGAGUAUGGCGCAAUUAUAUUCAUGCUCACCUUCAAUUUGGUGGUGGUGUCUGGUUUGCGAGCUGAAAAAGUUAUUGAAUUAGCCCGAGAACGCCUCACGACGAUCGUUAUGGGUUUCUCUGUCUGCAUAUUCAUAAGUUUGUUCAUCUUUCCAAUAUGGUCGAGUGAUGAGCUUCAUGACUCCUUAGUCUCCAGAUUUGAACACCUUGCCUCUUCCAUUGAAGGGUGUGUAGAGGAAUUCUUCAAAAUCUGCGAUGAAAAGGAAAACCGGCGAAUUCCCGGCUUCGAUAAAUGCAAGAGUGUGCUGAACUCCAGGUCUAAGGAUGAAUCACUGGUGAAUUUUGCAAAAUGGGAACCAUGGCAUGGAAAAUUUGGUUUUUCCCAUCCAUGGGAGAAAUACCUAAAGAUUGGUGAACUUCUUAGAGAACUAGCUGCGAUGAUUCUGUCGCUUAAAGGUUGUCUUGUUUCUCCUAGACAGUUGCAGGCACCAAGAGAGUCCAUCAAAGAGGCUUGUGAAGCAACUGUGUCAUCCCUCUCAUGGACGCUAAAAGAGGUUGGAGAGAGCAUCAAGAGAAUGAGAAGAUGCAAGGCAGAGAACUCAAUAUUGCCGAAAUUGAAAUCAAUAAGAGUAGAAUUAAGCCUUGUAAUGCCCCCAACAAGACUAGAACCAUUAGUGGAUAAGAGGGAAGGACUUGCAAUGGCAAGCUUUGUGUUUUCAUUGAUGGAGAUGGUGGAGAAGGUUGAAGAACUAGCAAAAGAAGUGGAAGAACUUGGUGAAGUGGCUAAUUUCCUCAACAGCUGAGUCCUAAAAAUAUCUUUUUGCCUUGCUCAAAAGGUUAAUGUAUAACCCAAAAAUAGGCCAGAAGAGGUCACAAUUUAGAGUGGUUUAGUACAAUAAUAA